GAAUGAACAGAAAUCGAAAGCGUUUUACACGCAAGGGCUGGCGCCUGGCGAUAUAAUUUGGAGACAAAUAAUUGCGGAUAAUUAGCUGGGAAAUAACAUUUUUACGUUGUAAUUUGUGCUGUCAUAACGUGUAAAUAUGUGAUAAUUUUAUUUGUCUGAUUCACGUUUAGGGGCGACCAUCCACUGAACAUUUCUGUUUCCAGAGGGCGGUCGGAUAGCGGCUGUCGGCGUUCGGCGCUCGUUACGCCGUCGGCGCAGGGUCGGAGACACGAUGAACGGCGGCGGCACGCAGCACGUGGCCACGGUCACCCUGCCGGCCGGCCUGGACGUCAGUCUGGUGAGCUCGCCGGCUCCCACUACUCCCCUCUCCGUCGGACUGCCGGCCACGCGGCAGCGCAAAUACAACUUCUCGUUUCGCGAGAAGGAGCUGCUGGUUUCGCUGAUCGAGCGGCACGGCGGCGUGGUCGAGUCGCGCACUGGGGACGGCGUCACCAUCGAACAGAAGGUGGCCGCCUGGGCCGACGUCCAGCAGCGCUUCAACCAGAUGAACGGGCCCGCCCAGGAGCGCAGCGUCACAGAGCUGAAAAAGUGCUACUGGAACCUGAAGCAGAAGACCAAGAAGGCGCUGGAUGCCGGCAGAGAGGCGGCGGCCACCGGCGGCUCGACCAAGAUCGACCGCGUGCUCUGGAGGAUCGCGCAGCUGGCGCCCGAACAGUUCGAGGGCCUGCUCGACCUGCACUGCGAGGUGGUGGACGCCGUGCCAGAGUUCGAGUCCAAAGCGCCGAACAUUGGCGAUAAAUGGGACAUCGCCGGCCAGCUGUCGAUCAAGCAGGACUCUGUGGACCUCUCUGACCUGGAGGCCUCUAACGCGUCGCGCGCUGACUCGCCCGAGCGGUCCCGCAGCGCUCCGUCGCCCUCCAACGAGAUGGAGGUGUACCCCGUCAUUCCGAGCGACUACCUGGCAGUGGAGAUGCGGUCGACGUCCCCGCAGCAGCAGCAGACACAGCAGACGCCACAGCAGAAUCAGCAGACACAGCAGCAGGCGCAGCAGCAGAAUCAGCACCAGCAGCAGGCUCAGCACCAGCCGCUGCCGCCGCAGCCGUCCAUGGUGCCCACCUCGCAGCAGGCAGCUCACCUGGCCACCCUCGCCGAGCAGUGGCGGGCGGCGGCCGGCCUCUGGACGCCACCCGGCCUACCCGAGCUGCAUCGGCUGGUGAACGGCGGCGGGGCGGCGCACAGCCAGGCGGCGGCGGCGGCGGCGGCCGCGCUGGGCCAGGGUCUGAGCGCGCUGGCGACGUCCCGGCCGCGGCCGGUGCCGUCGGUGCCGGAGCCGGCCGGCGCCGAGAGGCGCGGCACCAAGAGGCCGGCCGGCGACCCGGAGACGGCAGAGCUGGAGCUGCGCCGGCUCGAGCACGAGUACAAAAUGCGCCUGAUGCGUCAGGAGGCCGAACAGAUGGAGGCGCGCCACGCGCUGCAGAUGCAGGUGCUCGAGCAGCAGCGCGCCUUCUGGAGCGAGGCGCUGGCGCGGGUGCGGCGCGGCGAGCCCACCAUGCCGUUCGGCAUGUAACGGCGCCGACGACUGCCCCAUUUCGCCCCUCCCCUCCCCGCCCCGUCCCCCUCGACCAGUCAGCUGGUCACUCGGUCGGGUCGCCCCCCCCCCCCUCACUCACUCACUUCGCAACUGUCAGUAUUGUAGUAGUGAUACGCCACCGCAGGGACUUACGAUGAGUGCUUCCAUCGUGCGCGCGUUGUUGACUUUUGGCCGCGGAUGCGGAGAAGGCCGGCAUGAUAUUACUGCAUCAUGAUAUUAAACGUGUCAUGACAUUAAUAUGUCAUGACUGACAUUACGUCGUCUUUAGGCGUGUACAAAGUGUCUCGUUUUACAACGUUUCCUUGACGAAGAACAGUUUUUUGUAGCUAUUUUCUUUAGAAUAUACUCGUCUAUUUUUA